AUGAAAACCUUCAAUAAAGACUUUUCCGAAAAACCUGCAGAUGACCAAACGUCUAUAGAAAAUAAUGUAGGUGAUGAACAAACAGUACGCAAUUUGCUAGACUUGAGUGAACGAGUUGAAAACGUAACUAUUCACUCAGACGAUGAAAGCCCCAUUCAAGAAAUUAACCCUGUAGAAAAACCUAUCAAUGUUUUCAAGUACCAAAUUUUUGUUAGAAAAGCCAUUAUGCCCAGAAAACUCACACUUCAACCUUAUGGGAUCCGAAGAAAUUCUUGUACACAUUGUAUAUUGUUAAUGGUGAUUUAA